AUGUCGUUCCUGGGCUAUACAACUCUGCUCUUAUGUUGGGUGUAUUGUACUGCAGAAAGAGCUUGUAAUGAACCUCCUCCUAGGAGGGUUAAAGAAGUGCCUACUGAAAGAUGGGAUAAACCUCCCUAUCCACAUGGUACUCAAGUAACAUAUCAAUGUCGACCUGGAUAUAUAAAAAUUGGACGAAUUUUAUUUGAGUGUACUGAUGGAGCAUGGAAGCAACACCUCCCAUUGUCAGAAUGUAGAAAUAAACCGUGUGGACAUCCUGGAGACAUUGAGUUUGGUUCCUUUGAACUUACCAGUGGAAGUGAAUUUGUAUUUGGUGCCAGAGUUGAGUACAGAUGUAAUGAUGGAUACCAGAUGCUCAGCCAAAGAAAUUACCGUGAGUGUCAGGCAGAUGGAUGGAGCAAUGACAUCCCUCACUGUGAAGUGGCAAAGUGUUCACCUGUACAAGCACCAGAAAAUGGAAGAAUAAUUAUGACUGGUGCAUUUGAGCUGGGCCGAGAAUAUUCCUUUGGCCAGGUUGUAAAUUUUGAAUGUAAUGCAAAAUACAGGCUUGUUGGAUCUAAAGAAAUAAUUUGCUCUUCUAAUGGAAGAUGGAAUAGUGAUGUGCCUCAGUGCCAAG